GAGAGUGCUACGGCUGCUGGUUGUCACUCAUUGUGCCGCGAACACGGGUAGCGACAAGGACCAAAAUUGAGUCCAGUAGCAGUUGUUAUCGCUGGAAAAGGCUGAUAUCUGUAUUUUUCACCUCCUCUUCCCCAGGAGCGACAACCGCAUCUUGUUUUAAAGUGCGUCUCUUCUGCAAAGGAGAAUAUCUGUGACACAUUACAAUGCUGCAAAUAAGGGACCUCCUCUGGGGAUUGCUACUCAUUGGCUGUGCAGCCUCCAUCCAGGUGGAAAUCACUCCGACACAGGGAGAAAUCAGUGUGGGAGAGUCCAAAUUUUUCCUCUGCGAAGUGGUGGGCGACGCCAAAGACAUCGACUGGUACGCCCCCAGCGGUGAGAAGAUCCUUCCCAACAGGCAGGACAUUUUUGUGAGCCGCAGCGACGAGAGCAUGUCGACCCUCACCAUAUACCACGCCACCGUGGACAACGCCGGCAUCUACAAGUGCGUGGCGAGGAACGGGGACAAGGAGGCGGAGGCCACUGUCCAAGUCAAGAUCUUUCAAAAAAUCACCUUCCAGAGCGCGCCGAGCCCACAGGAGUUCAACGAAGGCGACGACGCCGACAUAGUCUGUGACGCCGUCAGCUCGCCGCCGCCAAACAUCAUCUGGAAACAUAAAAGCACCAAGAUCCAGUCCGCCAAAGACGUGCGCUACAGGAUCCUGGAUAACGGCCACCUGCAGAUCCGCGGCAUCAAGAAGACAGAUGAGGGCACGUACACCUGCGAGGCGCGCGUCAUGGCCAGGGGAGAAAUUGACUUCAGGAUGAUCAAGGUCAUUGUUAAUGUGCUCCCCACCAUCCGUGCCAGGCAGUCCGAGGUCAACGCCACGGCCGACAUCAGCAGCUUUGCUGUGUUAGCAUGCGACGCGGACGGCUUCCCUGAACCCACCGUCACCUGGGCACAUAACAACGUUGUCCUUGAGCGGGGUGAUAAGUACACCAUGAAAGACGACGGUUCUGAAUUGGUAAUCGCGGAUGUCACGAAACUGGAUGAAGGAGAAUACACUUGCAUCGCCAAGAACAAGGCGGGCGAGAAAUCCGUGGAAGUCAGCCUCAACGUUUUUGUGCCGCCCAAGAUUACCUACUUGAUUAACGCGACUGCCUUAGAGUUCGACGAGCAGCUCACGCUGACCUGCGAGGCCUCAGGCGACCCCACACCCACCAUCUCCUGGAGUUUUGAAAACAAGGUGUUCACUGAAGGACAGCAGGCUUCUUGGACGCGACCAGACAAAUAUGAGAGCCUCGAUAGAAAUAUCGUGGUGCGCACCCACGCACGGGUUUCCUCCCUCACCUUGAAAAACGUGCAGUUCACGUACGCCGGCCAGUAUCUCUGCACCGCCAGCAACUCCAUCGGUCAGGACGACAAGCACAUGUACCUGGAGGUCCGCUAUGCUCCAAAGAUCCUGGGAGCGGUUGCAACGUACACGUGGGAGGGAAACGCGGCCAACAUCAGCUGCGAGGUGGAGGCUCACCCGGGAGCGUCGGUGGUUUGGUUCCGAGACGGCCUGCAGCUGCCCAGCGCCAACAUGACCAACGUCAAGAUCUACAACGUGCAAACCAUCAGCUACCUGGAGGUCACCCCUGAGUCUCAGUAUGAGUUUGGGAGCUACAACUGCACGGCGACAAAUUUGAUGGGCACCGAGUCCAAGGAAUUCCUUCUCAUCCAAGCAGAGGUGCCAUCGUCGCCAGAAAUCAUACAGGUGGAAGCCUUCUCGAGCACGGCGGUGGUAGAGUUCAAGGAGCCCGAUUCUCUCGGUGGAGUGCCCAUUAUCAAGUACAGAGUGGAGUGGCGUUUGACCGGCCAGGAUUGGACUGGCAGGGAGUAUAAAGCCGAGGACGACAUGACCGAGGUCACCAUCACCGGCCUGAACCCGGAGACCACCUACGAGGUCAAGAUCUCUGCCAUCAACGGCAAAGGUGAAGGCGAGAGCAGCCAGGCCGACACUUUCAAGACCAAGCCCGUCCGGUAUUCUUUCACAACUUCAUCACAGAUUCCACCCACUAUUGCUGCCACCACUAUGGCCCAUAAAGGGGAACCCACUGCCCCAAAGCUAGAGGCCAAGGUCCAUAACAGGGGCAAUUCUCUUAAGGUCAACUGGAUCAAACAGGACGACGGCGGUUCACCCAUUAAACAUUACCUGGUCAAAUACAAGGCUAAGCACGUAUCCGACUGGAAGCCCGAGAUCCGCCUGCCUCAUGGCAGUGAGUAUGUGGUGCUGAACGGCCUGGACUGGGACACAGAGUACGAGGUGCACGUGGUGGCAGAAAAUCAGCAGGGCAGGUCUGACCCGGGAAUCCUCUCCUUCAGAACAGCCACAGAGCCCACUACCAUCCCAGCCACCCUCGGUUGCCAAUGUGUCACGCACAGUCUGGCAGCUCUCCUGCUGUCCAUGCUCGCCGCGCACUGGCUCUCAUAAACUGAUUUUGUUUCGAGGAGAAAGAGGAACGUCUGAGCCUGUGAAAUCGUUGGGCCGCAGACCCCCCCCCUUUGCUUUCUAUGCCUUUUGACCCUUGUGCAGCCACACACAAGAUGAAAAAAAAAAAAGAAAAAAAGAUGACGAGUCAAGACAUUGGUUUCAUGAUGUUAUUACAGGGUGCUCAGUACUUGCAUCAUUCUCAACUUUUGGGGACUUAGAUUCUGUUGAUAAUUUUGUCUCAUUAUUUUUCAUGUCAAUAAAAACGAAUAGAAACAGAAAGGGCAAACUUAUCAGAAGGUUGUGUUGCUGUUACAACUCGGACAUGGGUGCUCCUUUGACAUCUAAUGUAAAAAAAACAAAACAAAAAAAACAACAGUGUUGCUUCUUUGUUUUAGAUAGUUAGCACAUUCAUAAUGCCUUAAAUGUCAUCUGAAGAGGGGUGAUACAUACAAUAAUGAUUACCACGCACUGUUUUCCAGUGUCUACAGUGUUCCAGCCAGAAAUGGUAAUUGCAAAGGGAUUUUUAUUUUGGAAUUUAGGACCAAUUACCGAGACACAUUUUCAAAUUGUUGUCUCAAAUGACGUACUAGCAUGAAAACUGCAUGAGAGCUGACACAAGGCAUGACCCAGUGUUCAUAAAUGUGCUAUGCAGCUGCUUUGAAGCUCCGCCCACAGCCCCCGGUCGAGCAUUAUGAAUGUGUUAACGCAGUAUUGAGUGAACACACGCAGAGAAAAAUGAAUAUUGAUCAUGCUCGAAGUAUUUCUUUUCUUUUUUUUUCCAAGGACACGUAAUAACGUCAAGAUUGCAUAUUCCACUCACUAUCAAGUACAUUGUUAUGUAACCGCCUUGUGAGCAGAGGGUCAGAGGGUCACGCAGAUACAAACUAAUCAUGUUUUGUGAAAGUGUACAUACUCUUUUCAAACUGGUCGACAAGAAUCCAGCUGGUAUUUCGACGGUCAUGUUCUCUUUUUACCUGAAAGCAGAGGAUUAAUGUCUAAAAACACGUAAAUGCCACAGCUGUUAAACACUAAAAAAAACAAAAAAAAAACAACUCAUUUUCAAUAAUGUGAAAUUAUUUUAUCCUCUGAGACAUUUUUGUAAGUACAUAUUAGUGUAUUUCCAUGUAACCAUUGUAGGGUUGAAAUAAAAUGUCUUUUUUCUUUU